GGGUUGGCGAGAGGCUCUGUGGCCGGGGCGGGGAGCAGCCGCCGAGGCACCAGAUACUUUCAUCUGCCCCAAUGGGGGAACCUCAGCAAGUGAGUGCUCUCCCUCCACCUCCAAUGCAAUAUAUAAAGGAAUAUACAGAUGAAAAUAUUCGGAAAGGUCUAGCCCCUAAGCCUCCACCACCUGUGAAAGACAGCUACAUGAUGUUUGGUAACCAAUUCCAGUGUGAUGAUCUCAUUAUUCGACCCUUGGAAAGCCAAGGCAUUGAACGAUUGCAUCCCAUGCAGUUUGACCACAAGAAGGAACUAAGGAAACUCAAUAUGUCUAUCCUGAUAAACUUUUUGGACCUCUUGGAUAUCUUGAUAAGGAGCCCAGGCAGCAUAAAACGGGAGGAGAAACUGGAAGACUUAAAACUGCUUUUUGUCCAUGUCCAUCAUCUUAUAAAUGAAUAUCGACCCCACCAAGCCAGGGAGACGCUAAGGGUUAUGAUGGAGGUGCAGAAACGUCAGCGCUUGGAGACUGCUGAGAGGUUUCAGAAGCAUUUAGAACGAGUUGUAGAAAUGAUCCAGAACUGCCUGGCCUCCUUACCUGACGAUUUGCCUCAUUCAGAGGGAGGGAUGAGGUUAAAAACUGAGCCCAUGGAUAUUGAUGGACAGAAUUGUAUGGGACAGAAUGAACAGCAGAGAGCGAGCUCUGGUUGCAAGAAAGAUCAGGUUUUAGACAAAGAUGCUGCUAUGUGUAGCAUUAUUGAUGAAAUGACAUGAAAAGACACUUUUGUAAUUGAAUAAAGUUCUUGGGGGCAAGAAGUGGACUUGAUACUAGAGGUCAUAUGCUGUGGGGUGUUUUGGUGUUUUUUUUUCCUCCUUUUGGUGUAUAUGUAAAUAAAUAAUCACGGAAUUCAGUGUAUAUAAACCCAGAAGUCUUAUUUUUGUAGUCCUAGGUAAGGAUUUUGCAGGUGAUCAAACAAACAGAAGCAUUGCUUGAUAUUUUUUAGAUGCAAUUUGUGUGGUGUGCUGUUCAGAACAGAAAAGAAUGUCUUAUACUAUUUUGUUGAAACAAGUGCAUCACCUCAGUUGAAGUAAGCUUUAUUCUGUGGCUUUAUUAUAUUUUCAGUCACUCAUUUCCUGGUUUUAUAGAUACACUUAUUUUAUUAAUUUCCAUGAAAUAUGGGAUUGAGAAAAGAUCAGUGUCUGCAGGGAAUCUGGUUUUGACAAUUUCAAAUAAGUUAAAGGUACCUUGUACAAAUGUUAUGGUAAAUAACUAUAAAAACUAUAUUAUGGUAUGAAAGAUGGGUUUAUUAUUAUUACUGACAGUGUUGGUAGGUCAAUUUAAUUCUUUCCUUUUUAGUUUUGUAAAGUCAAUAUAAUUGUCUAAAGGAAUGCUCACUUUAGUGGCUUAAAAAUUCAGUUUUGGUAGCCUAACACUCAGAAGUAACUCUACAAUAAACUCUCUGUGCAGGAGACAAUCUUAUAACAAAAUAGAUUUAUGUUUUCCAAGGACUAA